CGUACAGCGGAAGGCUAUUUGCCCUCCGAGACGGUAACGUCAGUCAAUUAGUGCUGUGCCUAAACGCGGUCGCCCAUUGCGCGAGUUCUGUGUUCUCGCUGUACUUCUCGACGAUUUACUGAACCGGGUUCGUUUCUUUGGUUCGAGUGCAAAGGACUUCUUGGUUUCUAGGUUUUCCUAGGUGUGCAACAGGUUUGCCCUUGAAUCUGCUCACUGGUGAAGUGGCAGGUUGAAUCACCACCGGGUGCACGGCUACUUGGCAGGAUCGGGGAGGGGGACCUGCUUUGGAGCGUGUCCACAGUGCCGCUGGAACUUGCUCUUCGCGUUGGUAUCGACCGUCAUCUCCAGUUUACAACAUUCUAUCCCCAGCUCGCGUCACCCCUCGAGUCAAGCCUGCGCCCUCUGUGCCCGGAAUUGCACGCGCGGUGCAUGUGGCUUUGCAGCGUGGAGAAUCCGUUAUGAAGGCUACGGAGAGAAACGGACACGCAAGGUGCACGGACGACAUGGAGAGGAAAGUGGUGUCUCACAGGCGCCAGUACUGCUGCAGGACUUUUGCGAGCGUCCUGUCCAUGAUGUUUUCAGUCGUGUCUCUCGCCUACUGCGUUUUUCUAAGUGUGCAAACAUCCGAGAUUAAAGAGCGUGUGGCGGAACUGGAAAACGGGAACGCAGAGCUUCUGUAUCGCCCGGUUCCCGGUUUUGCAUUGGAUAAGCUAAAUUCAAUGAUUCACGAUCGAGUCGAUCAACUUCUGUCACAGAGGUCCUAUGAACAUUUGGCCAAGAUGCGGGUAGCGAGACAAGCGCCGGCAGAUUGCAGCUGUCCUCCAGGACCCCCAGGAAAGCGAGGAAGAAGAGGCAAGGACGGCGAGCCAGGACCUUCCGGUCCUGCUGGUCUUAAAGGAGACAAGGGGGACCCUGGAGACCCGGGACCGCGGAUGGUCUUCCCUAAGAUCAAUCACGGCUUUCUUUCCGCUGAUCAGCAGCUCAUUAACCGACGCCUCAUUAAGGGUGAUCAGGGGCAGGCUGGCCCCCCAGGCCCCCCUGGCCCUCCGGGCCCCCCCGGACCCCGGGGCCCCCCAGGGGACACGGGCAAAGACGGCCCCAGGGGUCUGCCGGGACUGAUGGGAGAUCCGGGCGUGCCGGGGGAGAUCGGACCGUCGGGACCAGAAGGGCCCCAUGGAAGCAAGGGAGCGAUCGGCCCCCCAGGACUGCCUGGCGUUGAUGGACUGAAGGGUGAAAUGGGAGAACGGGGGGAGAAGGGUGACAUGGGAGACGACGGGCCUAAAGGAGAGCUAGGGGAGAAGGGGGAUGCAGGCUCGUCAGCUGCUGGGAUCAAGGGCGAGCCAGGACUGCCAGGGAAAGAGGGACGUAAGGGAGAACCAGGACUUCCUGGGCUGCCUGGACUUCCUGGAAUUAAGGGGGAGCCUGGAUACAUGGGACCUCAAGGAGAUCCUGGUCUACCAGGGCUACCUGGAACCAAGGGGGAGCGGGGUGACCAGGGCCCCCCAGGGAAGGGCGCCCGAGGAGAGACCGGUCCCAUGGGACAGAAGGGAGCGCAAGGCGAGUCUGGAACCCCAGGCUUCAAAGGGUCAAAGGUCAGUGACUCAGACUGCAGUACUGCUACUGGAGAUCCCGGGGAGACGGGUUCGACCGGACCCAGGGGCCCCCUGGGACCAAAGGGCGAUCAGGGCGCCACAGAGAUUAUAGACUACAGCGGGAACAUCCAGGAUGCACUGCAGAAGAUAUCCACUAUUACAGUGACGGGUCCACCUGGACCACCUGGGCCAAUAGGACCACAGGGACUGAAGGGGGAACGAGGAGCGUCUGGUUUUCCUGGACUCGACGGUGAGAGGGGCAUGAAAGGGUCAAAAGGAGACGCGGGUUCCACGGGACUGGCUGGAGAGAAGGGUUCCCUGGGACUACCUGGAUUACCUGGUGUGAACGGCUUCAAAGGUGACAAGGGUGACACCGGGUUGUCCGGCGCUCAGGGACCGUCAAUUGUUGGCCCCCCCGGGGCUCCUGGCCCCCAUGGCCCCCCAGGACCCAUGGGGCCCAAUGGGAUUCCUGGACCCAAGGGAGAUUUGGGGGCGCACGGGCUGAAAGGGUCACGUGGAGAGCCGGGGCACAAAGGGGACCGAGGACCCCUGGGACUCCCCGGAGUGGAUGGGCCUGCUGGCCUCCCUGGACCCGCCGGUCCCAAAGGAGACCAAGGUGAAAAGGGUCCUGAUGGUGAGCCCGGAUCCCAGGGACCACAAGGACUUCCUGGUUCUGCUGGCACACCUGGAUCAGAUGGUAUCCCAGGGUUACGGGGGGAGAAAGGGGACCCUGGUGAGAGAGGAGAAAAGGGGUUCCGGGGAUUUAAAGGUGAAAAGGGUGAUCCGGGCCAGCCUGGUUUGGACGGGCUGGACGCCCCGUGCCAAUUGGGUCCAGAUGGUCUGCCGAUGCCAGGCUGUUGGCAGAAGUGAUCACUCUUAAUACCCAAAGCAUGGAGUUUUUGUACAUAAUGCUUCAUUUUAUUUUGUAUUUGUAUUUAUAGUUUUGUUUUGUUUUGUUUUUAAAAUGAAAAUGUAGAUGUACACAAAGCUGUGUAACUGUGUUAAGUCGUCUCCCAUAACAAAUGUGUGCAAAUUUCACGUCCGCAUCGUGGAGCUUAUUGACCGAUAACUGAGGUCUCAUGGGGCAUGGUGUCGUGGCCUAGCUUGCUUGCAUGGACAAAGAGGUCAAAGGGCACUUUGGUGGUGACAUGGCCAAAGCAGAGACUCAUGGGAAAGUGAGUUCUUUAUGGAGGCGGGACCAGACUCACUGUAACGGGAGGUGAUUGCUGUUGGUUCAUCUCAAGUUCAUCGUCCAUCCAUGCCACAGCACCAACUCAAAUGACUAAAAUGUUCAUUCUUUAAAAAAAAUAUGCUAAAUGCAAAACAAACAAAAAAAAUGAAGAAAAAAAAACGCAUGGGUGUUGUGUCCAACAAGGAAUAUAUGUGAACGGAUUAUAAUGUCUCUUUGUGGUGUGCUCAAACAUGCGGCUUCCUCAAACACUAACUUGCUGCUCAUUGCAACUUACCGCAAAAACAAAAUGGAUGGGAAAAAAAAAAACAAACAAAGCAGAGCACUGAUUGGCUGUCCUCUUUCUUUCGUCAUCUCCAAAGGGAAUCACGCCAUGGCUGGUGGUUUGACAAAAAAAAAACAAAAAAAAACAAAACAAAAGCCAAUUCCCAGAAAGCGGUGAUGAGUAUUUUUGGUUUCUUUAUCGCGGCGCGGCGCCCAGCAGCUCGAGCUUCCUGGCAUCCCGCCAUGAACUCUGUCUCCGGGGCCAUGCUGUGAGCACAGCGGCCCUCACAGGAAGUUGCCUGGGGCCCUCACAGGAAGUUGUGUGGGGUCUGCCUGCAGGGCACAACAGCUCGGAGAGGCCCUGGACAGGACAGACAGACAGACGUGUGUUUUGAGAGAGAGAGAGUGCAGUCCAGGCCCCACUGUUGGCUCCCGACAGCUCGGGGGGAAGGGGGGCAUUUUCGGUUGUUGUGGACAAGGGAAAUGGAGGAGAAGAGCGUGGGCUUGGAAACCGUUUCAGAAGGUGCUUGGGAGAGAGGGAGAUGGAACUUCUAAAGCAGCCAAUCAGAGCUGCUGAUGGAACCAUCAUGACUUUAAUCUUUUUCUUUUUUUUUUCACCAUUCAUACGUAAUGUCCUUAGGUGCCUCACUUUGGUAAUUAUUUUUUGGCAACCGUGACUUUUCUAUCAUGCUCUGAAAAAAAGGUUUUUUAUUUUUGAUGAAUGGAAUGCUUGCUAUGUACCAUGCAGUAUUGUUCAUUUUAUUGUCUUAUAUCAAUUUUCAUGUAUAUUAUGUUGUUGAAAUUUUAAUGGUAACCUGACACAAAACUAUAUUUUGUGCUGCAAACAUACAUGCUGAUGUGGACUUGAAUAUAUCUGUGAAGAAGCAUUAAACAUUUUACAAUUA